GCCUCCGUUCGGUGCAGGCGAUGCCGUCGCAGUUAGCAUCGGCUUGGUUGGGAUCGGCGCCCCGACGUCUGCACAGGUCGGCAUCACUCCGGCUGUAGUCCGACAUGUAAAAUACUGGUAGUACAGCAGAGGAUGCUGUGAAACUGCUGAAACUCUGUAACGAGGAACGGAUCUCAGCUUGUCUCUCUGAGCUCACCUCUCUUUUGCCAUCAGCUGGAGAAUAUGAUAUCUGAUGAGCAAGGAAACCCGACCCGGUGGAGGAUUGAUUCUCCCAGAUGUAUGAAGGAAGGAAAGGAUAACUACAGAACAAGAAGUUGCUGGAAUUCUUUCAUGCUACCUCCUGGAAGACGGGGCUCAGAUGAACAAGCCCUCCUCUUGAAUCCUGUCGUAAGCACCACCAUGCGGGAACCGGGCUGGACCUACCAGAGGCUGCAGCAACAGCCUGGGCGGCCCUGAGCAGAAGCGAUGAGUUCUGUCCUCUUCUCGGGGAUGAUGUAGAGAUAAAAUAAGAUGCUCUGUUAACAGCCGGUUUAUCAGUCAUGAAACGAAUUCUUCUGGUUUUUAUCCUGGCUGCUGCUGUUAUGUAUGGUAUCCUGCAUGGAAAUCUCUGGAGAAAUAACUUCUACUGGCUUAGUUUUUAUGGACAGACUUCCCCUGUGAGGGCUUCUCCUUCUUAUGUGACUAGUGAAGUUACAAUCAGUUACAAUCAGCUGCCACCUACAGCUGUAGAGAGGAGGAAUGCAUUGGACACUUGUCUCCUGAAACCAGCAUUUGAAUCUUUACUGGGUGUUGACAAAAUAUACCCAUUCCUGUGCGCUAAUGAUUUUAUCAGAGUGGCAGAGUUCCAAGGGAGCAAUAAGUUUGAACUACCUUAUGGAAUAAAGAGAGCAGAGCAGUUUUUUCGUUUAGCCCUUUCAAGACUGCAGAACUGUGGCUUUUCCAGUGAAGAAGACAGCAUUCCCUGUCGACGGUGCGUUGUGGUCGGUAAUGGAGGAGUUCUUCGAAAUAAGACAUUAGGGGAGAAAAUUGACUCAUAUGAUGUCAUAAUAAGAAUGAAUAAUGGCCCUGUGAUAGGGUAUGAAGAGGAUGUUGGGAGGAGGACGACUUUCCGCCUUUCUUAUCCAGAAUCUAUCUUCUCAGAUCCCAUCCACUACGACCCCAAUACCACUGUUGUACUCAUCGUCUUCAAACCACAGGACUUGAAGUGGCUUUGGGAGAUACUUGGUGGUCAGAAAAUAAGCGCGAAGGGCUUUUGGAAGAAACCAGCUCUGAAUAUGAUCUACAAAUCGAGUCAAAUCAGGAUUCUUGAUCCCAGCAUCACCAGGAAAACUGCUUAUGAGUGGCUUCAUUUCCCAACAAGGUUUCCAAAGAAGGAGAAACCCAAGCAUCCAACAACGGGGUUAAUUGCCAUUACGCUGGCAUUUCAUAUAUGCCAUGAAGUCCACCUGGCAGGCUUCAAGUACGACUUCACUGACAGAAAUAGCUCUUUGCACUACUAUGGCAAUGAAACCAUGUCUCAGAUGAUGCAGAAUGAAUACCACAACAUCACUGCUGAGCAGAAAUUUUUGAAGAAGCUUAUAGACAAGAACUUUGUGGUCAAUUUGACCUGAAAGCUGAAUGGAAAAUACAAAGAACAAUCACUAUUUUCAAGAUUUGAAACAUUUUAAUUUUUUGUAUGGCAUUUUUAUUUUUUAAGUGCAGCAUAACUGUUUACUGUUUAAAGGAGCCCAGAAACCUCAUCAAGGCAAAAGUGUCUAAGCCUGAGGAUAAUGGACUGUUGCAAACAGAGUUAACUGGAUUUCUGUGAAGCUUUUUAAUAGUGGGAAAACCAUGAAGCUUUCAACUGAAAGUAUCAGGGAUAUUUAAAAAUGUGAUGCACAUCACUUACUUACCAGUGAAAACUCUUUCCAAAUAAUUAAUUCUCUGGAAUACUUUUGUUUCUGAUGUUGUCCUCCGAAAGAGUUCCACUGUCAAGAGACUGAGAUGACCAGUGGUCAGUCAGCAGGUAGAUGUAGAGUCGUGACUACCUGUCUUGUUGUAUGAAAACUGCUUUAAAACUAUGCAUCUAAAUCAUUACUGUGUGUUUUGGAGAAGGGGGAAACAUACAGACUGUACAGGUUUUGUUCUGCCAUACUCCUGAGAAGAGGAUAUCCACCUUCAGCCAAGCAGCCGCAGCUUCUGCACUGACCAUUAACUCUGAGCUUCUGUCUGCCUUUACCGAAGGUGAAGAACCUUUGUGGAGAUGUUGGUGUUGACAAUGCUUGUGUUGUUCCCAUUUUAUGGAAAAAUCAUACUCCCUGUGCUGUGCAUCCAGUAAAUUUUACAGUUGCUGACUUGACUUAAAAAAGAGGGGAUAUGAAGACUGAAGAGCUGCAUGUCAUCCCCCAGACUACAACAGAAACAGUAGCUUGGACAGAGAUGUUCAUGCCUGAGUUUAGAGUCAAUGUGUGUUGGAGUACUAGUUCUCCAUGACAGCAUCUCAUGUAUUUUUUUUGCUUGCUCCUCAAGAACGGGUGUAUUUUUCCAAAUGAGGAUAAUCUCCUUCCUCAGAUGCGGUAAUGCAUCAAUACAAGCAAGGAGUGUUCCCAUUUUUGGCAGUAGAGUGUGGUAGGGAAUAUCCAGGAUGUACCCUCAGCUGAAUUAUCAUUUGGCAUCUGUUUACCUCUUCUGUGUUGAUAUUUAAGUUUUAAGUGUGUGGCUGAACUAAAUAAUUUAGCAAUGGUAACUUACUCAAGAUUUUAGUGGAAACAUUUAAUGAGGUAUUUAUAUUUCCUGUGUUGGUUUGUCUCUGACAGGCCUGUGAAUAAAAUUAAAUUUGCUUGGGAAGAUGAUUGACAGCUGUCAAAGAACAACAAUAUGCAGUCCCAAUAUCUCACAUGACAUCUAUAUAAAAUUUUUAUUUUAAUUAUGGCAGAAUUUCUGGAAGAUUUUGUGGUUAUCUUCAUCACUCAAACCUGAAGAAAGCACAAAUAAGUCAAUAUAAAAAAGUCUUUGAAGUUGGUAGGAAUACCGUUGUUGGUUUUAAAUAAAAUUAUAUAGCGAGGACGUUCAGAAGUAAUGCAAACAAUCACAAUCUGAACAUAAACCAUGUUAUUUGUUAUUUUCAGAAGGUGAGGAUUGCAAGAGUACUAAACACAAUUUCUUUAUUUUGCUGUAGCUAUGUAGAGGAAUUGCAGUUCAGGAGUUAGGGGGAGCACAGUGUGGUCUGGAGAGGUGCCACAGCUGAAGGGGAGGAGGCUUGUGUUUUCACCCAGUGAUUCCUGAGCUUUGUUUUGUUUCAGGCAAGCUGGACAUACCUGAAAUAACUUGAGAGAUCAGAAAAAUCUGUGGCAUGGGCUGGGGAAGGAUAUCCCAGCAAGGGACAGGGUGUGCCAUGGUGUCUUGUCUGCUGCAUGUCGCUUGGCUGCAGCUGCACUCCAGCUGUGUGCAGGGUGGCAGAUGGGGAUGAGGAGGAGAGGAGAGUGUGUCCCCAGGUCCUGGGAUGCUGGAACAGGUGACACUGGUGGUGACAAUGGAGGAAAUCACAAUUUCUUCACCAACUGGCAGAAGGGCUCUUAAUUUUUUGUAUUUCCUUUAUUUUUUCCUGAGAUUUUGAAGAGAUCUUUGCUUGAAAAUCUCAGUACAAACAGGUGGGGUUUCACUUAAGAAAAUAGUGACAGUAUUGUCUUUGUGCCUCUACCAGCAUUUAUUUCUCCUGGUAAUUUCAGUUAAUUAAAAAGGUUUGUAUGUGAUUCUGCAGCCCCAGACCUACAGUGAUUUUAACUCCUGACAAUAGUAAUUCCACUGCGCAAGCUGCUGUGGCAGGGAUUUUUGCAGACAUAGCAGAUUUCUCCAAGCUGUUGUGGAGGAACCCCAUGUAGAUCUUAGACUCUGGUGAGAGCCAAGGCCAGCAGAAGUUGGGGGCUUGCUCUUCACCGUCAAAAUGUGACGUUGCUUCCAGAGCUGGGGCCCCUGGCUCUCCCAAUGGCUGUUGCUGUGGUCUAGCUACAUCCAUGUAACAUCUUGCAGGAUGCUGUCCAGGAGGAUUUUUUUCCAGGAGAGCUGUUGAAUUUGUGCCAGACACUGUGAGGAGAGUUCUUGUGGAACAGGCUGCAUCCCUCUGCUUCUCCACCUCUUUCUCCAGUUCCAGGAAGUGGGUAGGGAACUCUGCUUUUGAAGAUGUGGUUAUUUUCUCAUUUAUUUAUUUUUUCAUCUCCAGAGAUACUCCUUCCACUAAUCUAAACUGAUCCUUUCUCCAUUUUUUUCUAGUAGGUAUUCCGCUUUUUUGGGGAAGAUGGGAUUUGGAUUCUAGCUGUAGCAGAACAAAUAAUAAUUAAAAAAAAAAAAAAAAAGCAGCUUCUUGUCAAAGAAAUGGUGUCUCCCAAACUCUUUGUACUUAAAAAAAAAAAUCCAUUUAGUCUUCUUCACUUUUGCCACAUCAACUUUUUAAUCUCCCUAAAAUAUUUUUUUUAAAUAAUGUUUGGUGUUCUCAAUGAAUUGAAUAUGUUCUCUACAAGCAUUUAUCCAUAUCAGCUGUUUAUUUUUAUAUCCUAAUAAGCCUUCUCAUGGUAUGGCUGACUUUUCAAAUAAAGCAGUAUUUCAAGGAUAUUUUUCUCCCACUUCUAUGCUCCUGCCAGAGGUGUUGAGUCCCCCACAGUUAUUGUCCCUGAGUGAGUGGGUAACAUUUUGAAAGAAACCUGUUCCCUCAGGAUCAAGCCAAGAGCUGAUGCUGCUGAUAAACUAUGGAGUAUUUGUAUUGGAUGCUUGUUGUUGUUGUUUGUAUGUUUGUUCCUUUGUUUGUUUGGGUGGGGUUUUUUUGGUUUGGUUGUUUUUUUUUAAGCCCAGCUGCAGGCCAGUAGCUUUUUUCUAUAGUAAGCAGUGGGCUUACUAUAGAAUUUUUCUCCCCACAAGAUGUUUUGUAGGAUCCUGCGUCCACCAGCCCUGUUCCAGCACCUGCUUCAUGUACAUCAUUCCUGCUACUCUGCCUCGAGGACAGGUCUUGCUUUGAACUUCUUUCAGGCAGGAACACCCAUGUGUAGUGUGUUUCUCAGCAGUGCUCACAGAUAGUGUUUCUUCUAUCUGGGCACACAUUUUCACAGGUGUUUUGCAGUACCAAAGACUUAACUUGGGGCUUUUGGAAUAAAACAAUUGUGCUAACACCAAAUAUUUAGAUAGUUUCUGAGCCUGAGCUGCUAUUAAGACUUUUUUUACCUUUUUGCCAUUCCUGAAAAUGAAAUCGGCACUGAAACUUCCCUUUAAAAGCUAUCCAAGUUUUUUUUAUUUAUUAUCAGGAAUGAAGCCACCAGUUUUGAAUCCCAGGGAGCUGCCAGCUUUAUUUCUGUGUCUGAUAAUGAUGUAACUGUGUAGGUCCCCAGUGUCUCCCAUCAUUUUUCUAUCUGAAGUUAGAUGUUCUCCUUCCUCCCUUCUUAUUCUGUUCCUGUUAUUGGGCAGCCUGCAGAAUUUCUGGACAUCACCUUACAGCAAAGGUGCUUCUGCAUUUUAUCUGCCACCCCUCUCAAAAUGCUGCACCGUCAAACAGACAUAGCUCUAAGAUACCAAACUAUGCACAGAACAGGCAGGAUGACAUAUGCUGGCUGAAAGCUCUGUUUGGCUCAGACUUCCAGGAGGUUUCUUUGUUGGGAAACUCUUUUUUCCUCUGCUGUAAUAAUUAAGGGAAGUCACAGACUAUUGCACUAAAUACGAAUCUGAGAGUGCCUAAAAGAUGUUACUAAAUGACAUUUCCAGUGACUGUAUAGGUGAUAAUAAUACAGAAUCACAACUUUGAUGUUUAAUUAGCAUGUGGUACUUCUUGUUUCCAGUACUUUCCUUUUUAGCAAUGCUCUGGGGAGAGUAUAAAUACCUUCACUUUGAACUGGACUCUGAUUUUUAAGAACAUACAGAAGCUUAGCAUAUGUUUAUGGUUUUGGGAAAUACUUAUUUUAGUUGCCAUUUGUCUUAUGUUUUAUAUGCCUUUAAAGUGCCACCUGUAUUUUGAAGAAUUCUUCAAGUUGUUUCAAAUGAAAUUUUGAAUACUACAUAUGGAAGGAGAUUAUUUUCCUGUAAAUAAACUGUUAAAGACA